AUGAUGUCGAAGAGAUGUGCUAACAUGAAGGAAUCUAUCAAUAAAUUUAAUGAAAAAGAUAAACAAGUGGAACAGAAAAGUCUUGAAAUGUCAAAAGGCAGCUACUGGCAAUUAAAAAAUAUGAAUAGUAAUAAAAAUACAAAUGAUUUGAAAAGUAAAUUUACUAAUCCUCCAAAUAAUCAAGUAGCAGAAACAGAAACAGAUAAUAAUCCUCCUACCAAACGCCAUCCAUAUUGUAGAACAUCUUCAACACAAAAAUUUAUAGAUAAAUUUAAUGCAACAGCCAAACAGACAGAUGAAGAAUUAAAAAGAAAUCCAUUUUCGGAUACAUAUGAAAUUCAACAAUUUGACAAGAGUACAAAAAAUUAUGCUAGACCACCAAAAGGUUCAAAGACUGAAGUUAGAGCAAAUAGAGCUGGAAAUUAUAUAACUUCAGAGAUAAUAUUUUUAUGUGAAGUAAUAAAUACAUUUGCAACUGGUGAAGUACCCAAUCGUGCCGUCAAAUUUGGUCCUUUAUUUUACAAUUAUAAUUUUUAUUCAGGAAGUUUAGUUGGAAUUUUAAUUAGAGCACGAAAGUAUGGAUUAAUUGAUUUUGAAGGAGAAAUGUUAUAUCAAGGACAGGAUAAUAACAAAGAAAUUAAGAUGUUAAAAACUCUUGAUGACAUUAAAAAAUGUGUUAGGUAUUCAGGAGAUCCAGUAAAUUGUGUGGCUAUCGUUGAUACAUAA